CCAGCGCACAGGGGCUGUCGCGUGUCCAGGGCUCCUGCCCCGUAACGCCCCUGUGCCCUCCCCAGGUCCCCGGCCCCAACAUGGCCCGUCGCUCCCAAAGCUCCUCGCAGGGGGACAACCCGCUGGCACCCGGGUACCUGCCGCCGCACUACAAAGAGUACUACCGCCUAGCGGUGGACGCGCUGGCCGAGGGCGGGCCUGAGGCCUACAGCCGGUUCCUGGCGUCCGAGGGGGCGCCUGCCUUCCUGUGCCCUGAGGAGCUGGAGCACGUGGGCCGCCACCUGCGGCCCCCACAGCAUGUUGCCCGCGAGCCCCCGAAGGCAGCCCCCACAGUGGACUUCGAUGGCUCCUCGGGCACCUACUGGCCCAUGAACUCAGACCAGGCGAUACCGGAGCUCGACCUGGGCUGGCCCCUGACCUUCGGAUUCCAGGGCACUGAGGUCACCACACUGGUGCAGCCCCCGCCACCCGACAGCCCCAGCAUCAAGGAUGAGGCCCGAAGGAUGAUUCGCUCUGCCCAGCAGGUGGUGGCCGUGGUGAUGGACAUGUUCACCGACGUGGACCUGCUGGGGGAGGUGCUGGAGGCGGCUGCCCGGCGUGUGCCCGUCUACAUCCUGCUGGACGAGAUGAACGCACAGCACUUCCUGGACAUGGCUGACAAGUGCCGGGUCAACCUGCACCACGUGGAUUUCCUGCGCGUGCGCACGGUGGCCGGCCCCACCUACUACUGCCGCACCGGGAAGUCCUUCAAGGGCCACGUGAAGGAGAAGUUCCUCCUGGUGGACUGCGCCGUGGUGAUGAGUGGGAGCUACAGCUUUAUGUGGUCCUUCGAGAAGAUCCACCGCAGCCUGGCGCACGUGUUCCAGGGCGAGCUGGUCUCCAGCUUCGACGAGGAGUUCCGCAUCCUCUUCGCGCAGUCCGAGCCGCUGGUGCCCUCGGCGGGGGCAUUGGCCCGUGCGGACACCUAUGCCCUGGCCCCAUACCUGGGAGCCGGACCCCUCAUGAAGCCAGAUGCCGGGGGCUCCUACCCCUUCUCUUUCCCCAAGCGAGCGCACCUCCUGUUCCCGCCGCCUCGGGACGAGGGCCUGGGCUUCCCCUCCUUCCUGGACCCCGACCGCCACUUCCUGUCGGCCUUCCGUCGGGAGGAGCCCCUGCGGGCGCCCGGGGGUGCCCUGGAGCCGCACGCGGGGCUGCGGCCGCUGUCGCGGCGGCUGGACGCAGAGGCCGGACCCGGCGGCGACCUGGCCGGCCCGCGGGGCUUCUUCCAGGCGAGGCACCUGGAGGUGGACGCCUUCAAGCGGCACAGCUACGCGGCGGCGGACGGUGGCGCAGCUGUGGAGAACUUCGCGGCCACACGACAGGUGUCGCGGCAGACGUUCCUCAGCCACGGCGACGACUUCCGCUUCCAGACCAGCCACUUCCACCGCGACCAGCUGGCCCAGCAGCACUACCAGUGGGACCCGCAGCUGGCGCCCCCGCGGCCACAGGGCCUGUUCGAGAAGUUGCGCGCUGGCCGCGCCGGCUUCCCGGCCGACCCCGACGACUUCACCCUGGGCGCAGGGCCUCGCUUCCCAGAGCUCGGCCCGGACGGACACCAGCGGCUGGAUUAUGUGCCGUCCGGUGCCUCCCGCGAGGUGCGCCAAGGUUCAGACCCUCCGAUCGGGCCGUCUGGGCCUCGAGGCCUCGACCCCGGGGGAGCCUCGCACCCCAACCUAGGCCAGCGUUUCCCCUGUCAGGCGGUGGGGAAGCUGGGCCCCGAGGCCCCUCCGGACACAGACCCGGAGCGCAGGGGCGGGCCUGAGGGCCGCGCGGGGCUGCGGCACUGGCGCCUGGCCUCCUACCUGAGCGGCUGCCACGGGGAGGACGCGGGCGAGGAGGGCCUGCCUGCGCCCAUGGAGGCCGAGCCCUAUGAGGACGACGUGAUGGCGGCGGGGGGCCGGGGGCCGGCGGCAGACCUGUUCCCCUCGCCCUUCCGCUCGCCGGCUUCCUGCGGGCCCGGCACCGGGGGCGGUGGCGCAGAGGCCGCGGAGGGCGCGGAGGAGGCAGGCGUGGCCAAGCGGUCCUUCCGCUCGCGCCUGAACCCGCUGAUCCAGCGCAGCUCCAGGCUGCGCUCCUCGCUCAUCUUUAGCUCCUCUCAGACCGAGGGCCCCGGGGCCGCAGGGCCCACCGCGGAGAAAGUGCAGCUGCUGCACAAGGAGCAGACGGUCAGCGAGGUGCUGGGCCCCGGGGGCGAGGCCGUGCGCUCCUCCGCCUCCGCCAAGGUGGCCGAACUCCUGGAGAAGUACAGGGACCCCGGCGGCGCGGGGGCGGCAGCCACUGUCGCCCGCCACAGCAAGGCCGCCGUGGGCCAGGCCUGGCGAGAGGAGGUGGGGGCGCGGGGCGAGCGCCGCAGCCUGGAGAGCUGCCUGCUGGACCUGCGGGACUCCUUCGCGCAGCGGCUGCACCAGGAGGCCGAGCGGCAGCCCGGAGCCGCCUCGCUCACCGCCGCGCAACUGCUGGACACGCUGGGCCGGAGCGGCACUGACCGGCUCCCCUCCCGCUUCCUCUCUGGCCAGGGCUGCUCCACCUCCCCGCAGAGGCGCAACAGCCCCCCACCGGCGCUGCCCGAGGGGGACGGAGGGCACCAGGCACCCCACUCUGAGCCAAAAGGGAGCCCUACCCCGGUGGCCCCUGAGCGGAAGGGGAGUCCCACACCCGGCUUUCCCACUCGGAGAGGCAGCCCAACCCCAGGAUUGACUGAACCAAAAGGGAGCCCAACGGCGGCCUACCCUGAGCGCCGGGGCAGCCCGGUACCCCCAGUGCCCGAGCGCAGGGGCAGCCCGGUGCCCCCGGUGCCCGAGCACAGGGGCAGCCCGGUGCCCCCGGUGCCCGAGCGCCGGGACAGCCUCACCCUCGCUUUCUCUGGGGAGUCUCCGAAGACCGCGCCCGCAGAGGAGGCGGCCGGCAGCGCCAUGGAGGCCCUACGCAAGGGGUCCCUGCGCUUCCGGCAGCUGCUGAGCCCCAAGGGGGAGCAGCGCGCAGAGGAGGAGGGCGGCCUGCCCGCGCCGCAGGAGAACGGGCAGCCCGAGAGCCCCCGGAGGCCGUCCCUGGCCCGGGGCGACAGCGCCGAGGCCGCCCGGGAGGAGCGGGGCCCCCGGGCGCGCGUGGCCUCCGCCACGGCCAACGCUCUGUACAGCAGCAACCUGCGGGACGACACCAAGGCCAUCCUGGAGCAGAUCAGCGCCCACGGGCCGAAGCACCGCGGGGGCCCCGCGCCCGCCCACAGCAGCCCCGAGCUGGGCCGAGCCCCCGCUGCGGGCGGCCUGGCCCCCGACAUGUCCGACAAGGACAAGUGCUCGGCCAUCUUCCGCUCGGACAGCCUGGGCGCGCAGGGCCGCCUGAGCCGCACGCUGCCCGCCAGCGCCGAGGAGCGCGAGCGCCUGCUGCGCCGCAUGGAGAGCAUGCGCAAGGAGAAGCGCGUCUACAGCCGCUUCGAGGUCUUCUGCAAGAAGGAGGAGGCGGGCGGCCCCGGGGCCGGCCCCGCGGAGGAGGACCCCAGGGACAGCAAGGUGGGCAAGUUCAUGCCCAAGAUCCUGGGCCCGUUCAAGAACAAGAAGUGAGGGCUCCGCGCCGCGGCGCCUCCGCCCUCGCCUCCUCCCCGGGGGCGCCAGCCGGGCACUGCCUGGUGCCCCCACCACUGUGCCUCAGCCCCUCUUGGCCCCUCACUCACCUCAGGGACCCCUCUCUGUGCCUUGGCCCCACAACCUGCGGGGGGCCCCCUCUCUGUGCCUUGGCCCCACAACCUGCGGGGGCCUGUCUGCUUCUGCCCCCCUUCUUGGCCCCCCCUUCUCAGGGCUGUGUUCUCUGUCCCCCUUCCUCACGCCCUCCUGGAUGUGUUGCCCCUCAGGUCUGCUCUCCUGAAAGGGUCCCCACCUUCACCUCCGGGCCCUGGCUGGAUUGCAGGGUGUUGGGGGGUGUGGAGCCAGGCCACCAGAUGCCCCUCUUGGGGAGCACUGCAGGGCAGGCUGUUGGGGGCUGGAUGUGGGGGCCCUGUGGAGGACCCCCAAGGUGCUGCCCUGACCACACCACCCUGUGAAGUGCAGGCCCGGAAUUUGGGGUGCAGUAAAGCCCAGCCUCGUGCGGAGGGCCCCCGCGUACCCAGAGAGCCGCAGUGGCACCCCCGCGCCUAGUGGUCACUGCAGGUGCUACGGCGGGAAAUCACCUUCUGCCAUUUCUCUUCACAUAGUUGUUGGUUCUAAGUAUUAAAAAACAUUUCCAGUUGCUCAGAGUAGUUGGGAUUCCAGAAGCGCCCGCCAGUGGGUG